AUGGGUAACUCGUUUUCGAGGGUUCUGAGUAAACUUUUUGGAUCUCGUGAGAUGAAGAUCCUAAUGUUGGGUUUAGACAAUGCUGGGAAGACUACUAUUCUUUAUAAAUUGAAGCUGAACAAAAUCAAGACGUCCGCACCCACAGUAGGGUUUAAUGUGGAGACGGUUGCGUUUCGCAACGUGAAGUUUAAUAUGUGGGAUGUGGGAGGUCAAGAGAGACUGAGGCCACUGUGGAGGCACUAUUUCCCUGCUACCACGGCGUUGAUUUUUGUUAUUGAUUCUCAUGAUAGAGAUAGGUUAAAUGAGGCAAAGGAGGAAUUGUAUAGUAUUAUUGGAGAGAAGGAGAUGGAAGACGUAGUCUUGUUGGUAUUGGCCAAUAAGCAGGAUCUAAGGGGGGCCCUGAAACCUCUGGAGGUUUCGAAUUACUUGCAAUUGGGGGAAAACUUAAAGAACCAGUUAUGGUGUAUUGUUGGUAGCAAUGCCUUGACAGGUCAAGGUCUGGUUGAGGGUUUAUCGUGGAUAGCCAAUAAUACAAAGAACAGAUAA